AUGGAGUUUUGAAUCAUUUGACCGAACGUGGUUUCCACAUGCGACAUCAGGCCCAGCCAACCGAGUUAAAUAGACAUGUUAUCUAACAAUUCUUUAGGGAUCUAAAUGAUAUCUAUUAAGUUUACGAGUGCUAUCUCAGAAUGAGACAAACCUGAUGGGUUUUAUGAAAUUUACCGAUAUGGAAGAUAAAAAAUGAGUAUGGAUUCUGUCAGAACACCGCACCCCAUGCGGAGCAUUCUGAAUGGAGUAGUGUGGGGGGCACGAUGGUAACUUCUAUGCCCCUUCUAUGGUACAAUUUAUAAAAAAGGAGGGCAAAGAAGCCCAACUAUUGAGCAAACGGAGACUAAAUCUGCUGAUCGGUUGGAGGCUACUUCCCUCUUACAAAAAGAACAAGGAACUUGUGCUUCGUAAGAAACUUCUUUCUUUGCCUACGGUAGGAGGUGACCUAACAAAACCUGUAUGAAAAAGGAAUUUUUAGACCCUUCAAACUACUCAACCUCAAGCGAACCAAAUUAUCUAAGGAAUAGUUCCCUGCCCAAGACAACUCAAAAUCAAGGCUCAUAUAAAUCCACUACUUCUGCCUAAUCAAUAUCAAGUAAUACUCUCAUUUGUUUUUUUGGAUAGAAAAUUCUGAGGAGGAUCAAAUGGCAAGAGCUGCACCUAGAUCGUACGAGGACUUCCAACCAUCAUUCAAGUGGAUAAAAGAGGAUGAGUCUAAUACUAUCGUGAUAAAUCUUCCAGGAUUCAGGACGGAGGAUCUGAAGGUUCAACGGGACAACUUCGGGAACUUGAGGGUUAGCGGGGAGCGCCCUCUUUCAAGGGAUCGUUGGAGCCGCUUUUGCAAGGACUUUCACAUCCCCGACGACACAAAAAAGAGCGAAAUUCGUGCGAUAUUUGAGAAUGGAAACCUCUCAGUUAUAUUACCAAAGCUCGGGAAAACUACUCAGUCACAGACCGGAGCAGAGCCGCACAAAGUUCAGGAUAAGCCUACCAAGGCACCGGAGAUUAGGCCAAGCAAGAAACCCGCAGCGGAGACAGAACCAAAACAUGAUCAAGAUCGCUUGAGCCGAAAGGACGAGGGCAUCGUCCCAAGACCACGAAUGAAGCAAAAGGAUGGUAUCGUCCAGAAACAACCCAGUCAAAAGAUCGAAGAGACCAGCAAACGAGGCGAUGAGAAAGAGGAGGUUCAGAGCCGAAAGCCUGAGGACCGGAAGGAGCCCAUGAGCGAUACCGGCGAUGAAGAUGCUGAGCUAUCCAAGUCAAGAAAAAGGAAGGCUAUAAUGGAUCAGGAGGUGAAUGUGGGAGUAUCUGCUGUCAUCUUGGUUGGACUUGCGUUUUAUAUGUCAUACAAGCUGAGGAGAUCCAUAAUAGCGGGAGAUGAUAACUUGGUUGAAUAUGAAUCCAUGGUGCAUGCAACUAAUCCAGGGAGUCAUGUUGUUAUUGAUGUUGAUGAUGGGAGGUUCAGGCAAUUGUUCAUUAGUUAUAAUGCCUGUAUUGAAGGGUUCAUUGCUGGGUGCAUGCCUCUAUUAUUUUUGGAUGGAACAUUUAUUAAAGAUCGUUACAGAGGCAUACUACUUAAUGCCACUGGGUAUGACGGAAACCAAGGAAUAUUUCCCCUUGCUUAUUGCGUAUGCGACAGGAGAAUGAGGUUAACUGGAAAUGGUUCUUACAAGGAUUGUGGAUGUUACUGUAUGAUAGAGAAAAUCCUUACCAACCUCCACAUCGACUGA